UCUGUCUCUGUUAACUCCUCUGUGUCUCCAGCAGUCUGUAAAGUCCGGACUCUGAGGUUGGACGUGUUUGACCCAGAUCAUGGACUCAUUCUGUCUUGGCCUCCCCCUGCUCCUCCACCCUCUGCUCUAACCCCUCCAGCUCCAGCCGCGGAGCUUCAUCAUGCUGCUACCGGGGAACGACUCCUCCUUCUGGGCUGACCCCCUGGAGUCCAACCGGUCCAAUGUGGCAGGUAGCGCGGCGGUGGAGGGCGAAGGAGCCGGGCCAGAGGCGCUGAUCGUGCCUGUGGUUUUUGGGCUGAUCUUCGUGGUGGGGGUUGUGGGGAACUCUCUGGUGAUGCUGGUGAUCGGGAAGGUGAGAUACAGCGGUGGAGGGGGAGGAGGAGGGGUGAAGCACUCAAGCAGCCCGACCAACAUCUUCAUCCUGAACCUGAGCGUGGCGGACCUCAGCUUCCUCCUCUUCUGCGUCCCCUUCCAGGCUACCAUCUACUCCCUGCCCGAGUGGGUGUUCGGUGCCUUCAUCUGUAAGUUUGGACACUACUUCUUCACUGUCAGCAUGCUGGUGAGCAUCUUCACACUGGUAGCCAUGUCCGUGGACCGCUACAUCGCAGUGGUGCUCUCCAACAAGUCCUCGUGCGUCCGGACCCGCAGGAACGCACUGGUUGGUGUGUGCGUAAUUUGGAUACUGUCUCUGGUGUGCUCGAUUCCUGUGGCGCAGCACCAGAUCCUCACCAACCACCCCACAGCCCCGAACAGUACCUUCUGCUGGGAGAGGUGGUCUGGAGCCUCUAAACCCACCUACAAGGUGACCAUCCUGGUGAUUGGGUAUCUGCUGCCUCUGCUGCUCAUUAGCUGCUGCUACACAAAGGUUUUGUUUCAUCUUCAUAAAAAGUUGAAGAACAUUUCCAAGAAAUCUGAACGCUCCAAAAGAAAGACGGCUCAGACAGUCCUCCUGGUCGUCACCGCCUUCACCAUCUGCUGGAUGCCCCACCACAUCAUCGCCAUGUGGGUGGAGUUCGGCAACUUUCCCCUGAACGACGCCUCCUUCGCCUUUCGUAUUGUUUCCCACUGCCUGUCUUAUGGAAACUCCUGCGUGAACCCCGUCCUCUACGCCUUUCUGUCCGAGAACUUCCGCAAGGCCUGCCGCCAGGUGUUCACCUGCCGCUUCCUGUACUCGCAGCCUCCCAACAGCAAAGUGGUUCGCUUUCGCACAGAGAACUUUUCAACCACGCAUUCCAACACGCACUCCACCUCCAACAUAUGAAGAAUGGAGAAACUUUAUCAGACGAAUAAGGAGAGUCAUUUUACUGGCUGAAUCAAGAAGAAGGGAUGUGUAAGGAAGGAUCAGAGGAUGGACUUUUGGCUUAAAAAUCUGUUGGCCUAGGGAUCAGCUUGGGUAAAGAUGGUGUUGGUUUCUGUUUGCAUUGUAAGUAGAGACCCCCUGCUAGUGUUUUAACAGGCCUUGGCUAUAUGAAGGAUUAAAGUAAGUGCAGAGAGCAAAAGGGACGUAAUGCAGUCUGUACUGCAAUCCUGGAACCCAUCGGUGGUAACCUACCAACAAUCUAGCUUUAAUAAAUGUGUAUAUAACAGAUAUCGGCAUGCAACUGCAGCUAACAUCCCUCACUGAGAUGGCGUCUCUCAACCCGGUAUCCACUCUCCCUUCUGCAGUUGCAAGUCAGACCGUUAACGAAAGUAAUGCACAGAGAAGGAAGUCUGGGCCCUAACUGAUGGCUGCACCAGAAUCCCCUCAACGUUGGCUGUCACUCCCAGAGGUUGUUUUGUCUGUAGGUGUUAGCUGGGGGGUCCCAAGAUCUGAGUUUUCAGGCAUGAUGUGGGUCACAUGACAUCAAGACAACAUGUGAUACAUGCAUGUGGCCUCUGUACGUAUGUGGGGUCAGAAAACUGAAGGAAAAAAAUGUGACCAGCUCAGAAACAUCAGCCCUGUUUUCAGUCCUGUGAUAAGUAGUCAUGAAACAUGUUUUCAAAGUAACAGGUGUUACAAGUCCACAUUUCUCUUCAUGAGAAAAGAAGAUGAAAAAUGUCCUGACUUGUGCCUUUUUAUUUAUUUAUGAGCUUAUUAUUAUUAUUUCCUGUAAAUAUUGUUUCACAGCCCUCCUGGUUCCCGGACUCAAGUCUAUAGAAGGAAGUCACAUUAGUUUGAGUGUUUACGUCAACAUUUAGAAAUGUUAUAUUAAGUGUAUGAAAGACCAAACAUGAUCCACUUAAUCAUGUAUACUGUAGUCAGUAAUUGCAGCUAUGAAGGAGUGUAACAAAACAAAGGAAUAAAACUUGUUAAAAAUGUACAAAUGCUCAUGAGCUU